ACAGAAAAUACACUGACGAUGUUCGUGUGCAUUGGUGCAGACUUUCUCAUUAACUUUGUGCAUAUAUUCGGUCCGUUUAAUACUUAACGCCCAGUGGGUCUAGUGUCCCUUUGUAAAGAAGGGUCAUUAGCUGGGGAAUGUCGUCACCGGGCGCUGCUCCAGGCAAAGUAAAGGCAGUCACCGCUCGCCUGGUCCCGGAUUGUGUUUCCAGCCUCGCUGCAGCAGCCAGCAGAGCGCUCUGAGCUCUAAUGCUGCCUGUAGUUGCGGGAACUACACGGACAUAACCGGGCGCUCGUAGUGCGACGCUGCCGGAACAAGACUCCGAUCGCUGGUGCACGGCGCGUCUCGGCUGAAUCGGAACCGGAGAAAGUCUCCGAUUGCGCCGAAAGGGUGGCUUCUUUUUCUUUUUUACAGCAUUUCCCCUUUCUCUGAUAGGAAGUGGCCGCGCGAAACACUUUAACCGUGCGUUGCACCAGGGAAAGGAAGAGAACGGCGAGCAUGGCUUCAUCUCCUUGCGGCACUAACGUUAGUAACUUUGAUUCCGUUGAGAUUAAAACUCGGUCGGUGGAGCAGACGCUCAUUCCGCUGGUGUCCCAGAUUACCACCCUGAUCAAUCACAAGGACAAGCCCAAGAAGACCGAGAAGACCCUCAGGGCCGUGCAGAGGGUGGGCCAGGCUGUCGGUGUGGCCGUGGGUCGCUUCGUCACUGUGGGUGAAGCCAUCGCCGCGGAGAAUGAGGAGCUGAAGGACGAGAUGGGCCUGGCCUGCUUCGAGGCACGGAGGGCAGGUGAUGCCAUUGCCCAUCUCACUGACGUGGUGAGCGCCGAUCAGCCAGAGUCUGAUGGGCGGACCACCAUCUUCAGCGACAAGAUGGCCAUGGUGAAGGCUGCCAGGAUGCUGCUCUCAUCCGUGACCAAAGUUCUUGUGCUGGCCGACCGCGUCGUCAUCAAGCAGAUCAUCACGUCUCGCAACAAGGUUCUCGUCACCUUGGACCACCUGGAGAUGGUCAGCAGCUUCCAGGAGUUCGUGCAGAUCUUCAGCCAGUUCGGAAACGAGAUGGUGGAGUUCGCCCACCUGACGGGAGAUCGGCAGAAUGACCUGAAGGACGACAAGAAGAAGGCCAGGAUGGCAGCAUCGCGGGCGGUGCUGGAGAAGUGCACCAUGAUGCUCCUCACCGCGUCCAAGACCUGCCUGCGGCAUCCCGACUGCGAGUCUGCAAGUGUCAACAAGGCUGCCGUCUUCCACCGCAUGCGGCACGCGCUGGAGCAGGUGAUCGAGAUCGUGACCGACGCCCGGGGAGGCAGCGAGGCACAGCUCCUGCCCAUCAGCAUCUACAUGGGGAUCAAGGACUUCAAGGUAAGGGUAGAGCACUUGCGGGAGACCCUGUACAGCCAGUCCCAGGAGAGCCUGGCCUCACAGCUAGAGGGCGUCGUAGAGCAGACUGAGGACUUCACAGACUCUGCCUACACCAGCCACGAGCACCGCGAGGGAAUCCUGCAGCUGUGCCACGCCUCCAGGCAGGAAUUGCAGCAGCUGACUGCCGACUGGACGCAUGCGCAGUCUUUCAACGCCAUGGAAGCCACUGAGCAGAUGGAGCUGUCCAUCCUGAAGAUCUGCCAGUACAUGAACAAGCUCAGGUGUGAGCUCCAUAAAGCGGCUGUGGGACGCGCAGCGGACCUGCUGAAGUGCCACGCUGAGCAAGUUGUUCCGAAGGCCCUGAAAAGAUCCGGAGGCGAGGGCGACUCGGAAGCGGUGGCCGAGUUCUCGCGCAAGCUGACCGAGCAGAAGGAGCAGCUGGUGGAGGCGUGCCGGCUCCUGCGCCACAUAUCUGGGACGGAACCACUUGAAAUCACCUGUAUACAUGCUGUGGAUGCCUUCCAGGUCAUUGGGCCACAGAUCAUCUCUGCAGUGCAGACCUUGGCACUUCACCCCACCAGCAAGAUUGCCAAGGAGAACCUGGACGUGUUCUGUGAAGCCUGGGAGUCGCAGCUCAAUGACAUGGCUAUCCUGCUGCGGGAGAUCAAUGAUGUUUUCGAGGGCCGGCGAGGAGAUAAGAAAACCUACUUAUCGCUGCCGAGACCUGGGAAACAUUCAGCAAAGAUGGCAAAGGCUGCCAAGCUCGACUCAGAGGAGCAGACCACCAUGGCCAAGCUGGGCCUGGAGCUGCGGUUGCUCACGUCCGACGUGGACAUGGAGAGUGAGAAGUGGGAGGAGCAGGAGCACGAAAUCUUGCGACAGGGACAGAACCUGUCCAGUAUGGCAUACUCCAUAUACCUAUUUACCAGAGGGGAAGGCCUUCUGAAGACCACGCUGGAUCUGUUCCACCAGGCAGAGAUGUUUUCUGAGGAGGGCUUUCAAUUAUGCUCGUCUCUUCGGGCCUUUACCGCACAGCUGGGAGAUGAUGAACAGACCCUCAUAAUUUUGGAGACUGAAAAGCUGAUGACUUUGUGCCAACAACUACAGAUGACAGUAAAGACCCUGGUGCAGGGCAAGGCUGCCACAUUCCAGAAGGUUGACUGUUCCAUACAGACUAUCAGAAGCAUCAUGACUGUCGUGGUCUACCUCCUUCAAGUCUGCAACAGGCUCGUUAAGAAGAUUCAGUUCAGGUCAGAUGUUAGCAGCCUGAGCUCCCCAGGAAGCUGGAGAGAUAGACAGUCCCCCAUGAAAGACGACCCGCUGCAUGGGAGAAACGCCAACGGCUUCGGGGUCAAGUCUCUGGAGCAACACAUGGCCAGCCUGACCUUCCUGGAGAGCAAGUAGUCCAGCGCCACUCUCAUGGGGAGCCUCGGAGUAUCCACUGCUGAGCGCCACCCUCGUUUCCCCAGCAGGGGGCGCCGUGUGAAGCUCCGGGCUUGUCGAUUGGUUCUGCAUCGAUCACUGUGCAUUGAGAGCAUCGCUUUGUGACGUGCCUGUUGUGUCUCCCACGACCAUUAGCCAAAGCACGGGGAAGAAUAUAAAAUGCAGAACUACGCAUGCAGUUUGCUAACUGGUCUUUAACCCCUUUUUUUACCCUAGUAAAUGCUGUCAAACAGCCUUACAGACACGUGCAGUCGUCUCACCCCCUAAUCGUCUUGAUUUUACGUAACCGGCCGAGUCCAAUUCGCCCGUGACUUCCGGCUGCUUACAUCACUGGUGGGUUUUCUAGCACUAAUCAAGGGUGACAAUCGGAAUCAGGCAUGAAACUCACGGGGGCACGGGAGAUUCGCCGGCGCCUCCCACAGUACUCUUGUGCAUUUUAAUACCAAACAGGGAGGCACUGCACAACAUGAUUAUUUUUUUCUGUUACAUUUGACACAAUGACAUGUCAGGUUUGUUAACCAAAAGGGAGGACUUGUAACUUUUUUUUAAUGUUUAAAGGAUGCUGUGGAGUUUGUAAAGGAACUGAGCGUCUCUACUAAAAACAUAAGGACUCUCUCCCCUUCAAGACGAAGCAAUUGCAUCGGAACAAUAAAGCUUAGCGUCGUAUUUCACUGCUGAUAAUGUCACGUACUCCAGAUCUUGUUCCACUAUCUAAAGUGGCAUCACAGAACUUUCGAUACUGGUACUGACUCAUAGGUACAAAAGCUCACCGUUUGAAUAAAGACCCACUUGAAAACCCAAAAAAAAAGUAUCACGGAUAAACUGAAUUUUAGAAAAGAGUGAUAUAGUCUCCUAUGUGUGGAUGUAGCAGUAUUAGAGGGAUGUCCUAUUGGAAUAUUACACUUUUGAUAUGUGAAAUGACGAAUUAGCCAAUGAAGCGAAACAUUUUCAUUACUUAUGGCUUUAUGUUAUUUCUGUACACACAUACUGACUUUAUGGAACUUACACUGAAACAGAUUGGUAUUUCUUACAUGUGAACACACAUUUAUGUGUACAUCCAUACUGUAGGACUGCGAACUGCCUUAAUCCGACCUUUUAAACAUGGUGUGCUUGUAUUUCAUGCAGUCAGACACUUAGUGUGACCUUACAUCCGAGUGCAAGCUGUUGUGCCUAAGAUGAACAUUGGGCCUCAACGGUAGGCUGGCCUGACAGUGGGUACUGAACAAGGUGAAUGUAUUGGACUUCGGACAUAUUUAUUUUUCUAAGUAAAUCCAUUUAUUUUCUUUUACCUUUCCCAUAAGUCUGUACAUGUUUAACUUUUCAAAUAAAAGGUCCUUUACUCGUAA